GACGAAAAUCGAGGCAAGACCUAGGGCCGGGGAGGAGAAUGUUUAAGUACGAUUGAACUAGUGUUAGUAGCAGCAGCAAAUGUCGCAAGUGCCUUUUCCAACCGUCAGUCAAAAAUCCAGUCAGUCAGGAGGCGUUGGCGUUGGGGAUGAUGAGCCCCAGAUCCACUCGCCAUGGUCGCCUCCCCCAGACCAGAACCGUGGAAUUCCGCCUAGAAAGUGGAAACCCAAUGGCUGACGGUGUGCUCCGUAGUAGACUUUGAGACUAGGGGAAAGGAAAGGAAAAAAAAAAAAGAGGACCUGACCUGGGUUAAUCAUCAUCACCAUCAUCAUCAUCGGCGGUCGUCGUCG